AUUCGAUAGGCCCCCAACAACGAUGGGGCGAGAGCAUGCACUAUCGAGACGCGCUACAAUGACUUCUGCCACUCCACUGAGUAGCUACUUCCUGUCGCACACACGUCCCGCAAGCCCCGUCCUCCUUUCGUUUCGAACUGCCGGCGCUAGAGAACCCGGCGCCGCAAAAUGUAGUGCCCGCGCAGCAACUUUCCGGCCUUCUCGAGCCGGCACGGCUGCCGCCCCGGCCGACACAGCGAGCUCGCCAUGCGGACGUGAAGAAUAAGUGCGGGAACAAGUACAACUCCGACCGCCGGCGGUUUCAUCUUCUGGUCGGGCUUUUAACACCAGCGUCCUCUCUCGACUACUACCCGCUGCGCCGCCCGGAAGAUGAUGAAACGUCUACCAAUUGCGGGUCCUUCGCCGCAACGGCGGCGGUCCCGCCGUCGCGAAGGACCGCCUCUAGGCUCAUCUACCGCGAGGAAUUGCAAGUCCAUCCUCCGCACUUCUGCCGGCUGUUCAACGCCCCUGCUCCUCGCUCUCCUCGUCGGCCACCGGACAAAUUCGUUCGCGGUACAGGGUAUCAGGCUGGUCGCGUCGACGACCGCAGCGGAGGGACUGGGAAGCGAUAGCGCAUCUGCCGCGACGGCAGCGGGUGUGCAGCAAGUGGUCGAGCUGUUGAAGAAGUUAGAAACCGAGAACGAAUACGCAUUGCAAAAGUAUCGCACUAGUACGAUUUGGUGCAUCACAAAUUUUCUCACGAACAAAAACGCAACUUGUCAUGCUAGUCCCGGUAGAAAGUUGGAUUUGUCAUGCAUGGCUGCAACUACUACGAGUGCGAUGGUGCUUUUGCACAGGAUAACGAAUCCGCGACCUCCGAAGCGGAGAAGCAGUUUGCGCAAGAGGAGCAACUCCUGAAACACGAGGUCGCAGAUACGGAACAAAAUCUGGAGGAACUGAAAACCACCCUCGUGGAACUGUCCGCUUUGCGCGAGAAAACGACCGGUGACCGCGAAGCAGCAAAACUCGCUCUGGAAAAGGUGGGAAGUGAAGAAUUAGGGCCGCUCGAACAGAAGAAGGAAGAGAAAAAAGGGCAGUGCCAGACGGAGCUGCGGGAGUUUCGGACCGCUUUUGACAAAACGGAAAAGUCGAUCAAAACGAUUGAAAAGGUUAUCCGGUUGGGGAAAAGAGUUUCAUAUUUGUAGAGUACAACGACCAGAGUAUUAUGUGAACAGAUUAUACGGCUCCGAGCAUAACAAGUUUGAUUUUGUUUGAAAAAAUUUGUAUUGCGUAGUCGCCUACAUGUAGCACUUUUCUCAUGCAUAAACCCCAAGAGGCAGCUGAUUUCCAAGAUGGAGACGAUGGAGAAGAACGAGGAGAAAACGGAAGACGCGGAGGAGGUUAUGAUGUGUGAAUCGGGAAGAUGAGUCGGAACAAUUUGUGUUGCAUGGCGUGGUUCACAAAACAACUUUGCAUUGCGGCAUACACAAUAGCAUGCAGGUUCAUCUAGAUUUUUAUCGCAACACGGAGUAGUUGCAUGUCGGUUUUUUCGCAUGCUGAUUCGCCAUGUUUAGAUUUCGCACUCAUAACCUCCGCGGACAAGAUGCUAAUGCAGGAAAUGGUUGCGGAGAAGAAAAAAAUGGAGGACAAGAAAGUUUUGCAAGAAAAGCAAGAAGUCAACGCGAGGUUGGAGAAGGAAGAGAGAUUUCAAAAGAAAAUGCUACUGGAGGAGAAGUCAUUUAGUACUUCUUCGUCUUCUCCUUCCACCCAGCAGCGGCCGCCGUCGUUGUUUCUCCAGUUAGCUAAGGCUGCAGCUUCGACCAGCACUAAUACAGAGAAAGCAGGGGUAGAAGUCGAAAGGGCGUCGUCAACCCAGUUGCUGCGAGAGGACUUGUCGAACUUUUCCACUGUUGGUCUACGAGGAAAAGAACAGCUGAAAGAAAAAUCCCCCACAACUUCCUACUCCCGCAUCCUACAGCUCUUGACCGACAUGUCGGACAAGUUGCAGGAAGAAAAGAAGCAGCGCCUUGUGGCCGAGAACGAACGGUCGCACAAUUGCGAGCUGCAGUUAUCCUCGAUGCGCACCCGCGUGAAAAAUCUGAAGCAGCAACAAGCGGAUUUGGAGGAACGCAUCGGGAAGAAGGAAACUGAGUCCGCGAAGUUCGAGCAAGAAUUAGAGGAAAAGACGGUCCAGUUCGCAAAGGCGAAGCAGGCGUCGAAACAGGCGAAGACGACACUGCGGGUGCGGACGCGGGAGUACGAGGAAGAGAUCAAAGUGAAGCAGGAGGAAGCGGAAGCUUUGAAGGAGGCGGUAGAAGUUUUAGCAGGGACUAAUUCGGAAAAAAAUCCUGAUGGAGGGCAGAAGGCCAGUUUUCUGGUUUCCAAUGCCGCUGAGCAAUCUGGUGCAAGAGCUUCUGCUUCGAUCAUUGACGUGGACAGUUUGUUCACUUCUUCUUCUUCUGAUGCGGGGUCUUCAUCUACUGCUGAUAGCACCUCCGCAGCAACACCGGACACAGAAGGAGAACCCCCCUCUACUUUCCUGCAAACGGCAGCUUCAAGAACACUCACCAAAGCACAACAGCUACAGCCAUCGAGAGCGCAGCAGCUGCCGUAUUUGUUGCAAAAAGCGGCCGACGUGAUUUUUUCUGCUGACGCUGACACUGCGCAGGAACAAAGUGAAAGCGCUCCUUCUGACGAAGGAAAUAAGAUCAGGACUAGCCAGUCGCAAGUGGAUGAAAUAGUACUGGGGCAGAGCAAUAAAAGCUCUUCAAAUUAUAAUCAUUUUCGUCGUUCUCCAGCCUCGUCUCCCGUCGCUUUUCUGGCCGAGAAACUCCGGAACACGGCGAAGUUUCUGAUGAAGAGCAAAGCCGGAAUAUCAUUUGUAAAGACGUCCCCACCCCAGAGUUGAGAUGCAGAUUUGCAAUGACAGGAACAUUUGUAAUGCGUAUCUCCAUGAGAGGCGUUUCUAGUCGUGUUUUGGCAUUUGUAAUGCUGUCACCAGGAUAAGCAGAUGGAUUUGUGAUGCGGGUGUCCUUGCUAACCUGCACUACACUACUGACUGCCAUUUGUAAUGCGUGAGUCCCAAAGCUUCUAGGUGUAUGUUGCAAAAUCCCCACCUUGACUAUGGGGUGGGGACGUUUUUACACAGGAUACGGGACGCAAGUCAACCUCAGUCUCCGCAGCGGAAACGAUGCUUUUGACAGCGUGAAAAAGAUGAUCGCGGACAUGAUUGCGAAAUUGGAAAAAGAGGCGGCGAAAAAUUUGAAAAAGGAGCAGUUCUGCACGGAGCUACGCAUUGCAAAUAUGUUUGGGUCUGGAAGGGUGCAAAGUUUGUCAUGCUUGUCUGGCAUGACUAAAGAGCUUGUGAUGCGUGUCCAGGAAGAGACCCUUUUGCUUGUCAUGCAAAAACGCAAUUUGUCAUGCGAAAAAGAAAAGCGCAAUACUAAGCCGCGCAAAGAUUAUUUCUCAUGCUUGGCUCCUGUGCAUUGCAGAGCAUUCACUAUUGACAAUCCAGCAGCACAAGUUUCCAGACCCAGACAUAUUUGCACUUGAUACGAGCAAUUGGGUAACAACAAGGAAGAACUUGCCUCCGCGAACCAAAAGCAAGCGGACUUGGGGAUCAAAAAAGAGAAUUUGGAAGCAAGUCUAUCCUGAGUAAAAACAUCCCUGCCCCAUAGUCAAAAUGGGAAAUCUGCUAUACAAAUCCUCAAGCUUAGGCUGUUGCGCAUGACAAGUUUAGCCUCAUAGUGUAGUGCUCUUUAGGUCGUCCAGCAGCGUGACAGAUCUAGCCUAUUCUGCUGAUUGGAGCAUUGCAAAUUCCGAAACACGAAUCGGAAAUGCUUCUCAUGGCGCUCCGCAUGAGAAACAUUCUGAGCAUGCAGAUUUGCAUGACAGCCAUGGGUUGGGGACGUUUCUACGUAGGAUAGAGACUGGAGCAGAUGGCAUCGAAGCUGGAGAGUAUCGCGGAGAAAUAUCAAAAUGAAAAAUCCCCCCUCCCCAUAUCAAAACGGAAAUCUGUGAUGCGGGAUUUGUGUACACAAAUCACAUUUUUCUUGCAGGAAAGCAUUGCACGCAGAUCCCAAGCCUAAGGGGGGGCUUUUUGGUGUAGGGGCCUAGCAUGGCAGACGUCUGCCCUGUAGGCCUUGCAGCAUUACAAACUGCCUGCAUAUCGCGGCGGGCUCUCUGGAUUUGCCUCCUGGCAAGACAGACAAGAUUUGUGGCCACAAAUCUGCAUCACAAGGACGCGCUUUACUGUUUUCAAUAUGGGGAGGGGGGAUUUUUCCUUUUGAUAAGAAAAUGAAAAAGAUCAGCGAGGACAAGGACCAGAUGACGGCUCUCCGCACGGAGAAGAAGAACGAAAACGAGAAAGAAACCACGAAUGCGAAAGCCUCCGGGGAAGCGGUCGCGAGGGCGCGGGUGGUGCUGGAAAAGUUUUACGGGACGGGAGAAGCGGUGACUUCUUCUUCCUCUUCUUCUUCCUCUUCGCAGGAGUCAGAAACUGUUGUAUCGACCAAAGACAAGAUUUUUUCCCUGCUGGAAAAGCUAGAGCUGGACUACUAUCAGAUGCAAAAUUGUCUCGGUCUGGAAGGGUCCGAGAUUUGUCAUGCAGUUUUUCCAAGCUCCGCCAAGUCUGGAAAGCAGGGCCUAGCAUCACACGAUCUGCAACCCCUUGGUGAUGCCUGUUCUGCAUGACAAAUUUCCUCUCGGCAUAAACCAAAAAUGGGCGCCUUUUGCAAGUCACGCAACACAAAUGUUGGUAUGAUCCGCCACAUGCAUCACAAGUUCGCAUCCUUCCAGACCCAGACAUAGUUGCAAUGCAUAACUACUCCAAGCAGCUGCUGGAACUGACCGCGGGGGAGGAGAAUGAGAAAAAAAUGUUCGAAGAAAAUGUCUAUGCACUGCAAAACUCCACCCUGGACGUCUGGAUAGUACUUGUGAUGCGAAAAAGUGGAUGGCGAAAACACUCUCGAAUGCAGUCAAGCAUGACAACUCUCCAGAAUUUUCAGAACGGUUUUUUCCCGUACACAUUCCGCAUCAGAAACUGCGUUUUUUGUGUGACAAAAGAGGCUACGGCUCUAGCUGGUCAUGCAAUACAGAUGUCACAGGAAUGUAUGGACGAGCAUUACAAGUUCAAACUUGCACGCCGGAGACCACAUAUUUGCAGUGCAUAAUGUCCAGUCCAUGAAAGAAGAGCAGGCCGUACUCGACUCGGAAAAGAAGAACCUGAAGCGAAGCGUUGCGAUAUCAACUGUAAAAAUGUCUGGGUCUGGAAGAAUCCAGCUUGUCAUGCUGAUUUUGGAUUUCAAAAAAAUAAAAAUCUGUAUUGCAUGAGCAGCAAAGAGAGUCCAAGUUUUGCUCCACGGAAAGAGCAUUUGUCAUGCGGUAUAGGCAUCAGGAAGCCCUCACAAACUCUGUGAUGCUAGAGCAUGCAGCACAGACAUCAGGAGUCAAGCAAAAUGUGCAUGACAAACAUGGCAAUCUUCCAGACCCAGACACUUUUGCAUUUGAUAUGCGAACUCAAACGCCGAUUUGACAGAACUGGAAAAUGAACUCGCGGCAACGUGUAACCAAGGAAAAUUAUGUUGUAGGUUAGAAGUGUAAAGAACUGACGUGUGUAUCUUUUUGAGACCUCUCCUGUCGUCCUGCAGGAAAAAGUUUCGUGAAACUGGUCAACAUGUCAGUCUUCUACAACAUCACUUUUUUCUCUUGGAUAGCGCUGGAGGAAAUCGAAAGCUGUAAGAAACAGAAGCAAGAGCUGGAGCUGCAGUGCGAGGUAGUUUCCAACCCGGAGGUGGCGGCGAAACUGGAGAAGGAAAAGAAGGAAAAUAUCCUGGGUAAAAACGUCCGCACCUCCCAAGAGUUGUCAUACAGAAUUACAAUCACAGGAAAACUUGCAAUGGGUAUCCCCAUGAGAGGCAUUUUUAUUUUCAAUCGCGUUAUCAUGCAAUUUGUGAUGCUGAGAACAGAAUACCAGGAUGGUUUUGUGAACAUGCGGCUGUCUUUGCCAACCCGCACCAUUAAAGUACAGAGAACAACUUGUCAUGCGGGACUCCCAAAACUUCUGGAUUUGUGUUGCAGAAUUGCCAUCUUGACUCUGGGGUGGGGACGUUGUUUUUACACAGGAUAGAAAAACGGGCGAAGGAUAUCGAGAAUCUGAAAUAUGUUACAGAAAACACGUGUACCCAUACCAGAUGAAGAUCGAAUUUGUGUUGCUGUUUUUCUGGUAGCGCAAAAACAAUAUGAUGCUGAUUGAUGUCAAGAGAAGCGGUUUUCGUUUUUUGUCAUGCAUAAUCGAGAAUGUAAUGCGAAUCCGCAUGACAAUAAAUCUACCCAGAACAACAUCAAAUGCACUUGUCAUGCGACAGCACAAGAAACAGCCCGACAAAUUUUUUUUCUCUCUGGUGCUUCUAUGGGUGUGCUUUUCUUGGGGAUAUGGAGAUCGCUCUGGAAAUGCUGGAGCCGGACGAAUAAGAGUGCUAUUCGUAU